GGUCGUUUUUAUCUGAAAGUCUAAAAAGAAUAAUGKUGGAUGACAAACAUCUUCCUUACUCUUCCGUUGGUUCAUCGUUUCGAUAUUUUGUACACUGUUUGCGAUACGAAGUUGUGAUCGAAGUUACCGAACAUCAGUMACGGUUUCAGUAAACCUUCAGUUAAAGUUCGCCAGACUAAACAUUUUUGAAGAUUUGAAAURCCAAAUCAAACCUCUACCGAAAUUACAACCAAAUAACAUCACUAACUGACACAGGGUUYUUCAGUUUAAAAAAAUUAGAAGACAUAUUCAAGGCAUGAGGAAACGAAAGCUCGACUUGUUGACUACAAUGCGUGACGUUUUAGUUACAGGAGUAAUAGUAAUCAUCUACAUGCAAAUGAAUGUCCAAGCAAUAAGAWACAAGCGUAUAUAUCUUUGGUCUUCAAAAGGCUCAUUUAGAAGCCMAAAUUACCCCGGGCCAUAUCCAGCUGGCCUUUAUUAUCAAUGGUUCAUGCCAUAUACUUCUAAAGAGCUGCGGCUUGAAUUUGUAGAAUUGGAUCUUUAUAAUUGUUUUGUAAAGAAGCGCGACCAAGAUUGUAACGACUUCGAUUAUGUGCACAUCAAAUUUACAGACCAUCACGAUAAUGAUAACUACUACUGCAACUGGAAUAUACCUACAAAACCUAUUACUUUCUUACCCUGGACACAURCCACUAUUAUUUUUUACUCCUCUUAUUUAAGUUCGGACUGUAAGGGGCGAGGCUUCAAAGUGAAGUAUAGACCAGUUGAUCAAUGGAAUGAAACUUCUACCAAACCUAUGAUAAUGAACUACCUGAGACUGUAGGUCAUGAUCCACCACCGAGUUAUGAUGAGGUAUGGGAAAGCGACGAUUUGAAUCGUUCGCAGAGUUUUGAGCCUCCGCCGUCUUAUGAAGAAGCUGUCCUGAGAGAAUCGAGUCAGAGUCUAUAAUUUGUUGUCGGAUCAGGGAACUGAAAAUGUGGAAGCGGAUACAGAGCUAGYGUUACGCGAUAUUCAGAUGUUCGAACACUGAACCCCGAAUCACUAAGUACUUCUAAUGAAGCUAAUUCAGGACUGAGAAGAUUUGAAAUAAAGUUAUAGCGAUGGAGAAUUCCAGAGUCUUGAAUAGUGAUGCCACAAACUUUAGUUCUUUUAUAAUGGGAAAUCAAGGCUURYUAUGAUUAAUCGUCCUGAAGCCGCMGGUUGKACGGAAGGCGAAUAAGUUAAGUAUUCACCGGAUAAGCGCUAUUAUAGGAUAAAAUACCGGGCUUUGAUCGUACAGUUUAUCUAUAUUAAAUGCACAACAUUAUACAAACUUGAAAAUAAAAAUCAAGACAAAUCACUGCSUGAUAACUACAGAGUCAGAGUCACAGGCUUACUCAGGGCAUGCAAAAGCUACCAAUGACGUCCUUUGGAAAGAAUCGAUACAAGGUUUGAAGAGAUGUGGGUUGAUGGGUGGGAAGACGUUAAUGGAUGGAUGGAUGAAUGAAUGGUUGGAUGGAUGGAUAAAUAAAUGAAUGGAUGAAUGAAUGGAUGGAUAGAUAGAUGGAAGAGAGAUGGGUUGACGAGGGAAAAGACGUGAAUCGAUGGAUGGAUGAACGAAAGGUUGGAUGGAUGGAUAAAUGGAUACCGAGAUGAAUGAAUGCAGACAAGAAAGCAUAAAUAUGGAUGCGUUAGGGACCGGAGACGUGAAAGAAAUUAAGCGAGCAAGCGUACAACCAAGGAAAAGAAGGAAGGAAGGAAGGAAGAAAAAGAGAGGGAGGAAUUAUGUUAUCAAAUGAUCUCAUUGACUUAUUUAUAGAAAUUUUGUCAUUCUUACUUGUUUGGCCUGUGUUCGGUAUAAUUAAUAUACGCACCUAGAAAACUAGAUUAGCAAGAAUACAGUUCAAAUUACGUAAUAAUACGUCGAUGCGGCGAACUGAAGCGUGUAAGAAGCAUAGUUAAAAGCACAUGAUGAGUACAGACAACACACUCAAAUAAACGUCUGACAGGUAUUCUAGCCAGCCUUUUAUCGAGGAACCAUUAUACUGUAUUAUCAGUAAGCAAGACUACAGGUAUAAAUGUACCUCAAAUGUUAGAGAAAAAUCAUUGUGUCUGUUAAGGCUUACAGAAUACACUCAAGCAGUGAAUCAUGAAGGAAGGAUUCAGAAAUGAUCUUUUGCAGAUAGCAGCAUGGGUUUCAGUCUUGUUUCUUCAUUUGCAAGUCGUAAAGUCAGAAGUAACACACCUAACAGCAAGUAAAGGGAACAUCACGAGCCGUUUUUAUCCUCUGAACUACCCAAAGGACCAUUUCCARGAAUGGAAGAUAGGGGCUCCCGAAAGCUAUCGCAUUAGAUUGAAAUUUAAAGACUUUAAUAUAGGGAGCUGCACAACCAAUGAUGACCKAUUGCAAGUAUGGAACGGCGAGAAUUUAAUGGAUUUAUGUGGUCAGCAGCUACCAACCACAAUUGAAUCCUCACAAAAUGAGAUGGAGUUGUUUUUGAAUUCUAAUUCAAACUCUCAAGGAGGCAGAUUCUGGGCAAAUUAUGAAAUGUUCACAGAAAACGAGCCCAAAACAACGCAUGGGUCCACAAUAUACACGACUUUACAGCCUACAAGAUUUAUGACUGACUUGAACACUGGGGAUGGUGAUUCCGAGACAAAUAGUUCAGGCGGGUCACAAACUACUUACGUUUUUAUGAUUAUUAUUGGAUGUGUCAUAUUACUAGCAUUUAUAAUCAUUUAUUGUGGAUGCAAGAAACGAGAGCGACACCAAUUACAGAGUCCAACACCAGCUAAUGUUCCCAAUAAUGCAGACCUUGAAAAUGAAAUUGGGAUUUUGGAGUUAGGCUUCACUGACUCUCCACCUAGUUAUGAGGAGGUUACGAGACAAUCUAUCCCAAAUGUCAGUACAAUUACCCAGCAGCCUUCAGGGAAUAGUACUGCCACUGAAAAUGAGAGGACAGAUUCAUCUGGACUACCAUCAUAUAGAGAGGCAUUAAGACUAUCUCAACAAUCAUUGGACACAAAUUUAUAGAUUAUAUGUAAAAUACAUAACUAAUGCACAAAAAUGUAUUUAUGACAUAACUGUUAUAAAUCUCGCAUUCUGAUUGGUUGGGAGCGCGUUCUUUAUAAGAGCACACAGCACGCACGCGCCCUUUGCAUUUUAUAAGAGAAUACGCGUCGAGCUUCUCCUAACACUUCUCUCGUGUUCUGCCAAUCCCCGCGUGCUUUAUAACUGCACACAGCACGCGCGCGCGUUUUCUAUUCCUGCUAUAGUCUUUAUGCUUAAAGGUAAAAACCGCUGUUUUAUGACUGAAGACUCAUCUGCACAGAAUAAGUUUCGUUUAAGAGCAAACCAUUUGCAAAAGUCAACUGUAAUGUAAAGAAGCAAAUUAAACAGCAUCAAUGCUUUGAAAUCUCACGGCUAGCUAUCUAUCUCUGGAUAGCAUGUACCUUUAUUUAGGUUUUUAAUAUAUUGCAUAUAUUUUUACUUGUAAAUAUUAUAUAGCACAGCAGGUACUAAAUAAACACGAUUGUCGUUGUUGUUGUUGUUGGUAUCUGUGAUUAGCUGACUUAUAAACGAGGCYAAGCCYGUACAAAUGAGUCUGUGGUCUUCAAGUCGUCAUGCGAAACUGGUGUAUUAAACGAAUUUUUAAACAUUA